AGUCAGGAUUAAGUGCAUGUAGUAGAUGGCCAGUAACUGCUCAUGAGCAAAAGAGUUAGGAUCAAGCGGCCUUGAUGACUUUUCUUCUGUAUACCUUAAGGAAAAUAAUGGGUGGCUUUUUCUAGUCUGAUGAUGAAGAAUAUCAUAGAGAUAAUGAGGGGCUUCUGAGGAAGGCUUCUUUUCACUUCUUUGGCUUUGCCUGCUGUCUGUAAGAACCAUUAAAGAAGAUGAAGGUGAAAUGGACCACGUUUGGCAUGAUUGUCUUCUUUCUGCUCUCUGUGGUCAUGACCUGCUGCUUCAUAUGGCAAUAUAGGAAGCCAAAACUGAAGACAGAGGAAUUCACCAAAAAAGUGACAGCAGAAGAGAUGUGUCCUCGCUUUCCGGAGCCUGUGCCACUCAAACAUCCCAUCACAUCACUCAGGAUUGCAUUAGAAAAAAUAGAUAUAUUCUUGAGGUCAAGAAUUCACACCACCAAGCUACCUUCUAUAUCAGCAAUCAUGGUUUUAAAUGACUCAAUUCUAUGGAAUGGAAAUUUUGGCAAGAGGAACACGAGCCACCCCUCCUCACCUGCACCCAACGAGUACACAGUGUACAGAAUUGCAAGCGUCUCUAAGAUCUUCCCCACGUUGAUGCUAUACAAACUAUGGGAGGAUGGUCUGGUGGACUCUUUGGAUGACCCUCUGGAGAAGUACUUAGACAACUUCACUAUCAAGAACCCACUGGGUAAAAGUAGGCAACCAGCAUCCUCAUCAGUCAGGACCCUGGGUAGCAACACCCCUGCACUCACCCUGCGCAGGAUGUCCAGCCAUCUCUCUGGUUUACCAAGAAGAUUAAGGUCAACUAAUCUCCUCUGGAGUGGAGACACACGGGAAGCCCUUAAUUUGUUACAGGACGACGUCCUUGUAGCAGAUCCGGGAACUAGAUGCCACUACAGCAAUGUUGCUUUUUCUUUAUUAGCCAACAUCUUGGCCCAGAAUGUGACUGGCACUGACUUUGAGAGCUGGGUUUCAGACACCAUUCUGAAGCGGCUCAGAAUGGAGGACACUGGUUUUAAUUUUACACCAGCAAUUCAGAGGAAAAUGGCUGUGGGUGUGUACAGCAAUGGAAAGCAAGCUCCCCUUUAUGACCUUGGCUGGUACCGGCCUGCAGGUCAGAUGUAUUCCACAGCAGCAGACAUGGCCAAACUUAUGAUGGCUCUUCUUGGUACAUAUGAUGCCAUUCUGCUCCGCCAAGAUACCCUGAACACAAUGAUGACCCCGAUCAUCCAAUGCCACAGAGGUUAUUUUGCCAACUUCACUGGCACACCAUGGGAGAUCAGUGAACAGUUUGGCUACAGCGUGGUGAGAAAGGAUGGUGACCUGGAUGGAUUUGCUGCUACCCUCUCCCUUGUACCUCGGCUCAAGCUGGGAUUGGUGAUCUUGAUGGCAGGAGUUCGGCCAACAGACGAAGACCUUGUGAGCCAGGCAUAUAGCUACCUAAUCCCGGCACUUGAGAAUGUUUUCAGGGAAGCUCAACAACCUGUCAGAGCACCACCUGACCCAGCUCCAUAUGUGGGAUUUUACACUUACAGGAAUAUGACAUUCUAUGAGAUCAAGGCAGAUUCAGAUGGUGUGCUGCUCAUGCAGCAGUUUGGACCACAGGUUGACACAACUGUCCCAUCUAAGUAUCAAAUUAUUAGGCUAGAUUAUCUGCAGGACAGGGUUUUUAGGGUGGUGUUUGAGAGGCCAUACCCUUGCAAAUUGAAAGUAAAUAAUAUCUCAGUCUCCCUGGAGGCACAGGACAGACAGCUUUUCAAUUUUUACCUUUUCAACAAGAAAGGUGUGGCACCAGGGUUUGACUGCCCUGGACUCAAUACAUAUAGGAUGAUGAGGAUAGCUGGCAGACCAUACUUUACCUCAUAGAGACUGCAACUUUAAACAAGUCCAUUACUAAAACUGAAUUGUAUCAAGGAAAUAUGCUGUGAAAAACUGUUUUUGGCUUUGUAGGCAGUGUCAAGACUCUCUCAUGCAAAUCUAACAUCAUCAAUCCGGACUGUGUUUUAAUAUUAUUCACUGUUAAUCCUCUGUUCAUAAUAUUGAUUUAGUUUUGUAUAAAUCAUCCUUUUACCAAAUUGUUGGCACAAGAAAAGCAAAAGUUUCAUUAUUGUGCAUAUUUUUUGGUCCUGCAGUGUUGCAGAUCGUAGGGAAAAAACUAAAUAUGUGUCUAUGAUCAAGUGAAGUGACAAGAGAAUAAAUAAAUCUGAUUUUGUAGUCUGA